GAGAGGGGAGGACUGGGCGAGCGGACACAGAGAAGGGGAAGUGAGUGUACAGAGCGGAGGCCUGUAACCGGGCCUGGAUACUGGGAGCUCCGGGCGGCGGCCUCUGAGGGGACGGAGAGCGGACCUCCGGAAUGAGGGUACACCGUGUCCGGUAAGACGUGGAGCUGCCUCUCUGCAUACUGUCUCCUGCUACCAUGAGGGAAGUGUCCGCAAUGGCCGCCCCGCUCUGGGCGAGGACUUACAUGGUGCUGCUGUUCACGUCCUGUGCUUGGUCGGUCUGGUCCAGUGACCCUGUGGAAGUUGGCCAAGCCUGGGACAACCAGCUAGAAGCCUCCAUGCAUUCAUUCUUCCCUGACGUUAGAGAGACAGUGGCACCGCUGAGCGGAAUCCCAGACUCCUCUGCUGUGGCUGGAAGGGCGGUCCAGAUAACGAUCCCCGCGCACCUCCUUCCCUCUGACGGAGAGUCCAUUCAGGUCUCUGAAGUUUCGAAGGACACUCUUCCAUCAUGGCUCUACAGGAAUGAUAAUGUGCUGGAAGGUCUUCCUCUUGACGGCGAUAAAGGAGUUUAUGACAUCUCUGUGACAAUCUACCAACUGGCACCUAAUGGAACGUCUAUACCACAAGCUUCAGAUGUCUUCUCCAUUGAAGUUCACCCAGAGGACCACAGUGAGCCACAGUCCAUACGGUUGGGUGGUCUGGAAACAAAUGAGGUCACACCUUUUCUGUGCGGUACCGAUGAGCCCGUCACAAUUCUUACCGUUAUCUUGGAUGCUGAUUUGACAAAAAUGACCCCAAAGCAGACUGUGGACCUUCUGAAACGAAUGAGGGACUUCUCAAAGGUGGACCUGUGCCAAAUGAAACUGGUCCCAGUUGUUAAUAACAGACUGUUUGAUAUGUCUGCGUUCAUGGCCGGGCCUGGGAAUGCUAAGAAAGUAGUGGAAAAUGGGGCGUUGCUGUCAUGGAAAGUUGGUUGCUCAAUGGAUCAGAACAGUAUUCCAAACAUUAGUUCUGUUGAAGUGCCUGCUAAAGAAGGCACCAUGUCUGCCCGGCUUGGUUACCCGGUUGUAGGGUGGCAUAUAGCUAAUAAGAAGCCACAUGUACCUAAGAGAAUACGUAGGCAGAUUUACACUACGCCAACCCCAGUUACAGCUAUUGGACCACCCACCACUGCCAUCCAUGAGCCACCAGUAAGGAUUGUACCAACUCCCACUUCGCCAGCUAUCGCUCCUCCCACGGAUACCACCGCUCCUCCAGUGUGGGAGCCUGUUCCUUUGCCCGGGAAGCCCACAAUCACCAUAAGAACCAGAGGACAAAUUAUGCACACACCGACUCUUGGCCCAAUCCAUCCAACCAAAGUAGAGACCACCAGUGUCUUUCCUGGUCACAUCCGUCCAACAAUGUCGAGACCUUCAUAUGUGGAGCCAACAGCUGUGGUAACGCCGCCAUCUGCUACUGCAAAACGACCAAAGGUGACCACCAUGAAGCCUGCAACAACUGCAUCUACAGAUUCUUCCACCGCCACAACCAGGAGAACCAAAAAACCAAAGACCCCCAAACCCAAGCUGGAUACCAAAACACCACCCACAAAAAUAGACGCCACUUCACCGAGCCGCACGCCCAGCUCUACAACCGGUAUCCCACGGGUAUUUAACACUGGACCUGAACUGAAAAAUCACGUGGAUAAAGUUGUGGCGUUUGUGGGCACCUAUUUCGAGGUGAAAAUACCACCUGACACAUUUUACGACAGGGAAGAUGGCACAACAGAUAAUCUAAGACUUACUCUGGAACCCAGAAAAAAUGCAAGCCUUCGAGACAAAACCUGGGUGAUUCUAAACAGUACUAGCCAAGUUAUGUAUGGGAUGCCUGACCAUGGCCACGUAGGAGACCACGAGUACUACUUGAAAGCUACCGACAAAGGCGGUCUUACUGCAGUGGAUGCUUUUGAAAUCCAAGUACGGAGUUUGUUCCACAAAGAUCCAUCACCUGUUAAAUUCAUUGGCCGGUUCCAAGGAGACCAUAACUCUGUGGUCAAUGACAUCAACAAAAAGAUCCAGUUGGUGAAGAAACUCUCUUAUGCGUUUGGUGAUAGGAACAGCAGCUCUAUCACUCUCCAGGGUAUCACCAAGGGCUCGAUCGUUGUGGAGUGGACCAAUAACACCUUGCCGGUUGACCAGUGUCCUAAAGAGCAAAUCGAAAUGAUGGGAAGAAAGAUCUACGAUGACCGUGGUAAGACCAGACCACAUUUCAUCACUGCUAUGGAGCCGGACUUUAAACUUGAGAACAUUUCCAUCGCGCUCACUGGCAGCUGCCGGCAUAAGCAGAGUCUCUUUGCCGUUCCGGUCAUGGCCGAAGAAACGAUAGUCACUGCAGUCGCCCCAACUCUGGCUGCCGACAGAAAUCCAGAGAAGAGCAGUGAGGAUGAUGUCUACCUUCACACCGUAAUCCCCGCUGUGGUGGUGGCCGCCAUUUUACUGAUCGCUGGUAUCAUAGCUAUGAUCUGCUACCGCAAAAAGAGGAAAGGCAAGCUGACCAUUGAGGACCAGGCAACAUUCAUUAAGAAAGGCGUUCCGAUUAUAUUCGCAGAUGAACUGGAUGACUCGAAGCCGCCUCCUUCAUCAAGCAUGCCCCUGAUCCUCAAGGAGGAGAAAGCCCCUCUUCCACCUCCCGAGUAUCCUAACCAAAACGUGCCAGAGACCAUGCCCCUUAACCAAGACACCUUGGGGGAAUACACGCCACUUAGAGAUGAGGACCCUAAUGCCCCCCCUUAUCAGCCUCCUCCUCCUUUCACGGCACCUAUGGAGGGCAAGGGUUCCCGCCCCAAGAACAUGACCCCUUACCGGUCACCGCCCCCUUACGUACCCCCUUAAUGAACAGUGUCCUGUGUGAGGGGAGGGGGGCUUGGUAGCCUGCAAUCUACUGUCAAGGCGACAGAAAACUCUGCUGUUAUAAGCAAAGAAUCAGACACCUGGAAGCAUUUUCUAGAACCUUGGUAAUGCCCGCUCCCUCGGUGUGUGGAAGGACCGCCCUCAUUUCCAGAUUUGUGUUUCUACAAUUGUGCAGCCACCUCCGGAUUGCGGGUGAAGACACUAUAAAGACCAGAGGAAGGGACUGCUCUUCUGUCACACGUGGGGCGGUCUUCUGGUUCUCUGCUGUUUGCCUUUAACACUAACUGUAUUUUAUUUUGUUUUUCUUUUAUCCACGUGUGUCUAGCUACAGAGCGUAACAGAGGAGGGGAAAGAGACCCCCAAACUGUCAGAAAAAGUUGUAAUUGACGGUUAUGUUUUUAUAAUGUAUUAAGGAUUAUUAACUUCUUAAUAACUUCCGUGUGUGUUUCAGAAAGUGUAGUGUGAUCUGUAUCUGUACGGAGAGAAUUUGGAGAGCGGGGAGGAGAGUGUUUGCGUUGUCUUUCCCCCUUAUUUGGGAAUGUAUUUAGAGCAGGGUUAGACAGUAGUGACACUACAUGUCCCAGGCUGGCAUGAUAUGCUGGCACUUGUAGUUCUGUGACAUGUCGCCUGGCUUACACGGUCAGCACAGGUACCGAGGAGGUUCUGUGAAUCUCCAGCCUGCAGUGGCGAAACGCGUGCGUGUGUGGCUCCAUUCUCCUUUCUGAAACACAGCCAUGAGGUUAUAUUCUGUAAAGGUAAUGUUACUGUAGGGGUUCUGAUCUCUUCCCAACCACACACAUAACCUAUAGAAGUAUAUAUAGAACACCGUAUCUCCGUUGUACACAUACUGGUGCUGUCUCGGGAAGGCAAGGAGUCAGGCUAUCACUCAUAUUUUUUAACAAAUUUUGAUACAGCCUCAAAUUGUUUUAUUAAAAAAAAAAAAAGAAAAAAACCUGAUAAGUGUAACGCGACUAGCCGUUUCUGUAAUGUGUGCUUGCGGGCGUUACGCGGGGUGGUGAUAUCGUUUGCCUCGUCUGCUUCUCAUAGACCGCUCUCCAGAUUUUUACAGCCAUAUUUUCAUUUUUUUUUCCAAAAGUUUUAAUGUAUUUAUCAUCCAUUUUGUAGGGUCUAUUAAGAUUUUCUUCCUCUUACCGUGAGACUGAGUUGUUAGCAUGGUUUUUUCUUGGCUUUUUUUUUUAUUAAUUUUUUUUUGUUUUCAUUAAGAUAGAAGGAGGAAAACUUUUUGCAAUAAUGUUUCAUGCCUUUGGCUGUGGAAGGUAGGCGGAGCCUGCACACAAUACAAGACACACUUAAGCCAUAUUGAAUGUCCUGCUGUGUGAGUGGACGCUAGAGGUGUUACCAUCAGAUAUCUCCACCUCUCCCCAGUUUCUGCCUACUCUAUAGAAACAGCCCAUUCUGAGCUCUAUAAAUGUCUCUGCUCAUAGCUGGGCCCGCACCUUCUGUUGCCGCGUCAUGAUGCCACGUACUGGCCUGGAACAUGUGUUUAGUGUUUAACAUUGAGGCCUGGUUUUCUAAAACUGUACCAUUAGUCAAUGCACAGCGGAGGCAGCCAUUUUGGGUGGGUCUGCUGUUCAUUAGACUUCAGCCUAAACAAUCCCCCUGGAGGUCAGUGCUAUCGCUGAGGUGCGAGGCACGAAGUGCUUAGGCUAGGGGGAAGGGACUGCAUUUUCCUGAGCUCGGCCCACACCAUGGCUGCCUCUAUUGCACGGCGUCACUGUGCGCAGUUAAAGCACAUUGGAACAGGUGGUUACUAUGAUAAACUGAGGUCCAAGUGUGACUGUCGGAGUAAAUCUAUUAUAAAAUGUGUGAGCGAGGGAGGUAAUGACACCUUUCACCCAUCUGUUGCCUCCUCACGUCUUGUUCAGCGCUACCAUAAUUAAAGUAUUUGCCUUAUUA